CAAAUCAACAGUAGACGACGAACAGAUACUACAAUGUCUCCCAAACUCCUCAUCUACUUGACGUUGGUGGCCAUGCUAGUGGUCUUCACCGCACCUGCGGCCGAGGGAACGUUCCUUCUCUUUGCAUGCCUGACAGGGUCACCGUUGUGUCCCUUCCGGACUACGACACCAGUAUGUCCAACUCCAGACACAACAUAUGAUCCAAUAACUCGCGAAUGUGCAUAGAAUGCAUCGAAGUCAAAGACUGGAGUAUUCUACGGAU